AUGCCAAACUGCCAUCUUAUUGGAGGACCUGAGGAUCAUGCCAAUUCUGCCUCAUACACCAUUCAUUCUGCAUUUAGUUCUUCUGUCAGCAAGUCUUCCAGCAAGAGCAGCAGUGGGAGCAUCACACAUGACAAAGACACUGUUAUGGAAGAAGCUGAGCAUGGUCCCUGGUAUGGGAACAAGGAAUAA